AUGGUAGCGGCGGUGGCAGCGGUGGCGGUGGUAGCGGCAGUGGCAGCGGUGGUGGUAGCGGCAGUAGCGGCGGUGGCAGCGGUGGCGGUGGUAGCGGCAGUAGCGGCGGUGGCGGCGCCGACGGCGGCAGUAGCGGUGACAAGAGUUAACGCCGGUGAGCCAGAUGGCGCCAGGAGUGACCAGCAGUUCCAUCACCGCCAAUCAUCACCAAUCACCACCGCCAAUCAUCACCAAUCACCACAGCACUACCACCGCCAAUCAUCACCAAUCACCAGUAUGGAUCACCAAGCAUGUUGCGUCACUCAGUUGCAUCCUCGGCGUGUGUUUCAACUGAUUGUUGCGUCGCCAGCUAUUGUAGCGACGGUUGAGGCGUCGCCAGCUAUUGUAGCGACGGUUGAGGCGUCGCCAGCUAUUGUAGCGACGGUUGAGGCGUCGCCAGCUAUUGUAGCGACGGUUGAGGCGUCGCCAGCUAUUGUAGCGACGGUUGAGGCGUCGCCAGCUAUUGUAGCGACGGUUGAGGCGUCGCCAGCUAUUGUAGCGACGGCUGUUGUGUCGCCAGCUAUUGUAGCGACGGCUGUUGUUUCGCCAGCUAUUGUAGCGACGGCUGUUGUGUCGCCAGCUAUUGUAGCGACGGUUGAGGCGUCGCCAGCUAUUGUAGCGACGGUUGAGGCGUCGCUAGCUAUUGUAGCGACGGUUGAGGCGUCGCCAGCUAUUGUAGCGACGGUUGAGGCGUCGCCAGCUAUUGUAGCGACGGCUGAGGCGUCGCCAGCUAUUGUAGCGACGGCUGAGGCGUCGCCAGCUAUUGUAGCGACGGCUGAGGCGUCGCCAGCUAUUGUAGCGACGGCUGAGGCGUCGCUAGCUAUUGCAGCGACGGUUGAGGCGUCGCCAGAUAUUGUAGCGACGGUUGAGGCGUCGCCAGCUAUUGUAGCGACGGUUGAGGCGUCGCCAGCUAUUGUAGCGACGGCUGAGGCGUCGCUAGCUAUUGUAGCGACGGUUGAGGCGUCGCCAGCUAUUGUAGCGACGGCUGAGGCGUCGCUAGCUAUUGUAGCGACGGCUGAGGCGUCGCUAGCUAUUGUAGCGACGGUUGAGGCGUCGCCAGCUAUUGCAGCGACGGUUGAGACGUCGCCAGCUAUUGUAGCGACGGUUGAGGCGUCGCCAGCUAUUGUGGUGUCGGCUAUUGCGUCGCCAGCUAUUGUGGUGUCGGCUAUUGCGUCGCCAGCUAUUGUAGCGACGGCUGUUUUGUCGCCAGCUAUUGUAGCGAUGGCUGAGGCGUCGCCAGCUAUUGUAGCGACGGCUGAGGCGUCGCCAGCUAUUGUAGCGACGGCUGUUGUGUCGCCAGCUAUUGUAGCGACGGCUGUUGUUUCGCCAGCUAUUGUAGCGACGGCUGUUGUGUCGCCAGCUAUUGUAGCGACGGUUGUUGUGUCGCCAGCUAUUGUAGCGACGGCUGUUGUGUCGCCAGCUAUUGUAGCGACGGCUGUUGUGUCGUCAGCUAUUGUAGCGACGGCUGAGGCGUCGCCAGCUAUUGUAGCGUCGCCAGCUAUUGUAGCGACGGCUGAGGCGUCGCCAGCUAUUGUAGCGACGACUGUUGCGUCGCCAGCUAUUGUAGCGACGGCUGAGGCGUCGCCAGCUAUUGUAGCGACGGCUGAGGCGUCGCCAGCUACUGUAGCGACGGCUGUUGCGUCGCCAGCUAUUGUAGCGACGGCUGUUGCGUCGCCAGCUAUUGUAGCGACGGCUGUUGUGUCGCCAGCUAUUGUAGCGACGGCUGUUGUGUCGCCAGCUAUUGUAGCGACGACUGUUGCGUCGCCAGCUAUUGUAGCGUCGCCAGCUAUUGUAGCGACGGCUGAGGCGUCGCCAGCUAUUGUAGCGACGGCUGAGGCGUCGCCAGCUAUUGUAGCGACGGUUGAGGCGUCGCCAGCUAUUGUAGCGACGGCUGUUGUGUCGCCAGCUAUUGUAGCGACGGCUGUUGUUUCGCCAGCUAUUGUAGCGACGGCUGUUGAGUCGCCAGCUAUUGUAGCGACGGUUGAGGCGUCGCCAGCUAUUGUAGCGACGGUUGAGGCGUCGCUAGCUAUUGUAGCGACGGUUGAGGCGUCGCCAGCUAUUGUAGCGACGGUUGAGGCGUCGCCAGCUAUUGUAGCGACGGCUGAGGCGUCGCCAGCUAUUGUAGCGACGGCUGAGGCGUCGCCAGCUAUUGUAGCGACGGCUGAGGCGUCGCCAGCUAUUGUAGCGACGGCUGAGGCGUCGCUAGCUAUUGGAGCGACGGUUGAGGCGUCGCCAGAUAUUGUAGCGACGGUUGAGGCGUCGCCAGCUAUUGUAGCGACGGUUGAGGCGUCGCCAGCUAUUGUAGCGACGGCUGAGGCGUCGCUAGCUAUUGUAGCGACGGUUGAGGCGUCGCCAGCUAUUCGACGGCUGAGGCGUCGCUAG